AUGGCCUCCCUCCCAUACACCGCCGCCGCCUGCGCCUCCGUCAGAGCCGACCCCGCCCCGGGACUCCUCAACUACGCAGCCGUCCACUCCUGCCUCCUGCGAGCCGACCGCCGCCUCUCCCUCCCCGUCCUCGCGCUCCUCCUCCUCCUCCACUUCCGCUUCCUCGCCGUGGCCGCGGGGGCCCACUUCUCCCCCGCCGUCUCCCGCCUCGCGUCCCGCCUCCGCCUCUCCCCUUCCAUGGCCGCCGUUACGCUCCUCGCGCUCGGAAACGGCGCCCCAGAUGCGUUCGCUUCCGCCGCCGCGCUACGCGGCGAGGGCGGGCUGCCCCGGGCCGGGCUGGCUGCCAUCCUCUCCGCGGGCGCCUUCGUGUCCGCGUUCGUCGUCGGCGCCGUCUCCCUUAUCGCCGCGCCCUUCGCUGUCCCGCCGGCUUCAUUCACGCGCGACGUCUUCUUAUACCUCGUCGCCGCGUCGGCGCUUUUCUACAUCUACCUCAGCGCUGAGAUAUUCCUGUGGCAGGCCGUCGGGCUCGUGCUCUUCUAUGUCUUCUUCGUCGGCUUAGUGUUUUAUAUGGAUUUGGGCGCGGCGGGAAAGGCAGUCAGCUCUGCCGAGCCGGAGAUAGCGAAUGGCAUGAGCCGCGGGGCGAUGGACUUGCCAGUCUCAGUGGAGCAUCAGAAGCAACGCAAAGCUAGUUUGUGGACGGUGCUCACCAAGCAGGUAACAAGAGUUUGGGAUUGGCCUGUGACAUUUCUUUUGAAGCUCACGAUACCCUCAACGCUUCCUUCUGAAUGGAACAAAUUUUAUGUCUGUGCCAACAUCUGUCUAUGCCCUCUCAUACUACUAUAUUCUUUUAGCUCAUUCAUUCCAUUGGAUAGCCGAAUAGUAUUUCUUCUCCCUCAAAUCCGCUUCCCCCUCUGGUCUGUUGUGCUUCUGGUUAGCUUUUGUUUGGCUCUAUCCCACUUCCGUUUUGAGAAAGAAUCGCCAGAAACAGAAAGCAUUGCAAGUACCCUCAUAUCGUUUGUAAUGAGCGUCUUCUGGAUCUCAACCAUGGCCGGAGAGCUCCUGAACUGCCUGGCAGCAAUUGGAGUUAUUAUGGAUCUCCCUCCAGCUAUACUUGGCAUGACAGUCUUGGCAUGGGGGAAUUCUGUCGGUGAUCUUGUUGCUGACGUGGCACUGGCCAAGAACGGCCAACCUACAAUCGCCAUUGCUGGCUGUUUUGCUGGCCCAAUGUUCAACAUGCUCGUUGGAUUAGGAACUGCCCUAGUGAUGCAGACAGCAGGAGUGUAUCCCAAAGCCUUUGUACUUGAAUUCCAUGUUGGAAUUGUUGUUGCAUUUGUGUUUCUUCUUCUGAGCUUGAUGGCAACCCUGUUGGUGGUAACCUGGGCCAGAUUCCGGGUACCCAGAUUCUGGGGCUACUGCCUAAUGGGGCUCUACAUAUUGUUUACCAUAGUGAGUAUCGCCAUUGCGAGCUCUUCUGGAUGA